AAGAAAUCUCCUAAACCAAUACUCCAUAUCUAAUACUUCGUACAUAAGAGCGAAACAUUUCUCCCCCAACCUUCCGCCUAGCACAAGUCAAAUCUCGAUCGUUAGCUCAAAAUCAUCCCCACCCUUCUUUCACUUCUCCCCCAACCGCUUCUCCUCCUUCAUUUCUCCUCUCCCUCUCCUUCAUUGCUCCAAGGUAACUAUGUCUUCUCCUCUAUUUUUCCCAUUUAGAGCCAUUCUUCCUACCGCAAAUCCAUCUGAUUUCGGUGAGCUGAUGUUCAAGAUGAUUGCCGACAGCCCCUUGCAGAACCCUACGCCUCUCCCUCCCAUCAACGACCAUACGUGCAUGACUCUACCAGCGGCAUCGACUGAGGAAUUGCUAGUGCUAUACAGCUGGUUUAAAGGGCUUAUAAGGAGGCUAUAAAUUCACUUAGUAGUAGCUGCUACUGAUUCAACUGCCCUAGAAGCUUCAAAGGAUAUUGGAGCUGCAAUGCAAAUCUCAAUGAGCAUUGCUUUAAGAGCAAUGAUGAUCCAUACACCUGACAGCCUCAGGGAUGAUAUGUCAAUUAUGAAGGCUUAAUGAAAAAAAAACAUAAUGAUCCCAAUUUAAAAGUUGUUUACUAAAAGUUGUUAAAAGGCUCAAGCAAAGAAAACAACCUGGAAAUAUUUUGUUCAUUUCUCCCCCACAGCUUCCAGAUCUUUCAUUCAUCUUCAUCCAGGCCAUGGAGCUUCCAGAUCAUUCAUUUAUGUUCCCGAAUAUCUUUUCAUAACACUAAGAUGCAUUAGCAAGGGCAAGAGGUAGAUGAGCAACUGAUGGAGAUAUUGCUGGUUUCAUCUGCAAUGAUGACGGUCUAUUUCAACCGUCACCAUCUCAUGUGACUAGAUCCGAUCGAAGCUGAAAAGCAUCCCAAACCACUACAGGUUGCUGUUAAUUCUUCUAGCACUUCCAAAAAGUAAACCUCCAAGAAGUGAAAUGUGCUCAAGCAAUGGUUUAUUAGGAGAAAUUAGGAUUAUGUCAAAUUGACUUCUCUUUGAACGACAUUUGUUAGGAUGGUUAGGAAUUAACCUCACUAUUUUAAUUAUUAAUUUGGACUUUAUAUAUAAAAAUAAAAAAUAGUAUGCACUGAAAGUAGGUGUUAUUUAUAACUUCAGUAGUUUG